GGAAAUGAUGUGAAUUGUAUUAACAAUUUAUUAUUUCCACUAAGAAGCUAGGUACUUUACCAAUCAACCUAUGAAUCUUUCAUAUACAUCAAGUGUCCAACUCUUGGAAAAAGAUUAAGACCCAUAUUUAGCUAUGACAAGAUCCUUAAAGGUAGCUGUAAUCGGUGCCGGUGUUGCUGGACUAGUCGUUGCUCGUGAGCUUCAAAGAGAAUCUCUCCAAGUAGUGGUGUUCGAAAAGUCACACCAACUUGGAGGAACAUGGGCCUAUGAUGCGCGAGUAGAGUCUGAUCUAUUGGGAAUUGACCCAAACCGAGAUGUUGUUCAUUCAUCUCUCUACAAAUCGUUGAAAACAAAUCUUCCACGUGAGCUCAUGAGCUUCACUGAUUUCAAGUUCGACGAAAAAGUAUAUGGCGGUCCGGGAAUGUAUACUGGGCACGAAGAAGUUCUAAAGUUCUUGAAUGACUUUGCAAGGCAUUUUGAACUCAUAGAAUUGAUUCGGUUCAAUACCUUGGUGACUCGAGUGGAGGUUGUUGACUUAGACAUCACUGAGUUUGUUGUUGAGUCGAAUACAAAUGGGGUGAAUUACGUGGAGAUGUUCGAUGCAGUUGUCGUAUGUACCGGUCGCAACACUCAACCUCGUCUGGCAACUGAUAUUCCCGGUAUUAAGACAUGGCCGAGAAAGCAAAUGCAUAGCCACAACUAUCGUGUUCCUGAACCAUUUCGAGAUCAGAUUGUAGUUGUAAUUGGGAAUGGACCCAGUGCAGUAGACAUAUCAAGAGAAAUAGCAAUGGUUGCCAAAGAAGUUCAUAUGUCCUCAAGAUCUCCACUUGUUAAAGUCGCAAAAUCAGAUAAAUUCAACAAUAUGUGGCAGCAUUCCAAGAGAUCAAGAUCCAGUUCGGCCCAACAAAUUGGUAUCAGAGCGUCAGGCUCUAAGCGUGGGAAUCGCAAGGCAUCGCAGGGAAUUCGCGAUCAGAUAAACUGUGUUAGUGAAGAUGGUUGGGUAACAUUUCAAGACGGAUUCUCUAUAGAUGCAGAUAUUAUAUUACAUUGCACCGGGUACAAAUUCCAUCUUCCAUUUCUUAGAACAAAUGGCAUUGUAAGUGUUGAAGACAAACGUAUUGGACCUCUUUACAAACAUGUUUUCCCCCCACGACUUGCUCCGGGACUCUCCUUUGUUGGAAUACUUGAAAGGACCUUUCCAUUUAUAAUAAUGGAGUGCCAAUCAAGAUGGAUAGCACACGCGUUAUCGGCUAAGGUUUCUUUGCCAUCGGAAGACGAAAUGUUGAGUGAAGUCCUAAAAUAUUACGAAGAAAUGAAAGAAAAAGGCCUUCCAGAACACUCAACUCAUCAACUUGGAUUUCAGCUUGAUUAUAUAGAUUGGAUGUGGGCACAAACCGGAAUGGUUAUGGAGAAGAACAUAAGAAACAUGAUUGAAUACUGGAUUUAUUGUCUAAUGACAGCUGGUAUAGAUGGGUAUAUGGAUUUGUUCUCCCAGAAAUAUGGGAUAUACUAAAUGGAUUUUUACACUAAGCCUUUGUUUAUGUUUCAAACUAAUUGACUAGAGAAAAAAUGUAACAAAAACGACUUAUCAUAACUUUCGCUUCACUUCUAAACUUCAACUCCAUAUUACGAUCAAA